CACAGAGUGAACCGGAUAUUAUCGGAAUGUCAAAGAUGGGACUCCUCAUGUAACGGUGGAUUUUUCUUGAAUAGUAUGUUUGCUUGUUUUUGGUGUCUUACCGGAUGGUAACACAUUGAUUGGACUUUUUAUUUGUGAGGGGAGCACUGCUCGGGAGGACAUGGCUCUGAGCCAAGUUAGUCGCAGUGUGCGGCUGCUCUUAGGUCAAAUUCAACGCUGUCGGCCAGCCCUGCUUUCAAACCAGACGGCUCGGUGUCUGAGUAAAGCAGCUUCUCAGCCAGAGCCCUCCGCGGAUGAAAAUGAAGCCGUGAACCCGACCUUUGCAAACAGAAAUCCCCGCAACCUGGAGCAGAUGGCUCUGGCUGUGAAGGAUCGGGGCUGGAAGACAACCUGGCCACACCGGGAGUUCUACCACAGGUUGAUGUUCUCCCGUAGCCAACACCAUGUGACAGCCCAAGUGUUUUCCAGCUGCUCCCCUAUUCCGGUGCUUUCUUGUUCGACCAAAGAGUGGGCUGUGAAGAAGGAGCUGGCUUCUACAAACUGCGUGGCAGCCUGUCAGGCUGUGGGCGAGGUGCUGGCGCAUCGCUGCCAGCAGGCUGGCAUCACCAGGAUGGUGUAUAGGGCGAUUCCCUGGACAUACCGCUCAGAUUCUGUUCAGUCUUUCAGAGCUGCAAUGAAAGCAGGAGGAAUCAUUCUAAGUGAACCCAGAAGGAAAUACAUUGGGACCUGACUUUAAUUCAUCAAAGUUCAUCAAAUCAGCUGU